AUGUCUCGAGCUGCACGUAACAAAAAGGCACCGGGAGCUGAGUUCGCAUGGAAGUCAGAAGGCGGCGGCGAAAAAUAUACCUUACCUGUUCCUGCUAAGUUUACUGAAUCAGAGGUAUCAGGAGUACAGCUAUAUCGUCAAUUACGAGAGAAAAUCCACGAUGGACCCUUUUAUACCGUCCUUUCCACGCAACCGUCGUAUGGGAAGAAGGGUGUGUCGGCUCGCGCACAAUUUGACCCAUUCCAGGGAAUGGCAUCAUAUGGACAGAGAUAUAUGAGAAAAUCGAGGACGUUACCAAAACUAAGUGCUAUACCAUUUGAAAUGAACUUUUUUCCAAAGGAACUAUGGUCAACUCUGGACCCAAAAUACGUUGGUUUACCAGGAGCAUUUGCAAAUGGCGCCGGAUCAUUUUCUAAAGCUACACAGAAACGGGGAUUCGAGGAAGAUGAAGAGGAGGAUGAGGAGGAUGAAAGCCGCCGGAAGAAACGGAACCAAGGCGAUGAAGAUGAUGAUGGCUCUGACUUAGGAGGUAAACGACGGGGAAAUGCGCGUGAGGGCGAGGAGGCGCCAGAUGAUGAUGACGACGAGGGCGAGGAUGAGAUAGUGGAUGACGAUUUCGAAGAAGAUGAAGAAGAGAUGGGCGGUGAUUAUAAUGCAGAACAGUACUUUGACGGUGGUGAGGAACUUGGUGACGGGUUCGAUGAAGGAGGCGGUGGAGAAGAUAACGAUGUUUAUUGA